GUAAUAAAAGGGGGAAGGUGCGGAUUGGGAUUUUUGGGAGGGGAGGAGAGGAACCCUAAUCCUGUGGCGGCAAGCGGGCGGCGGAGGUGGAAAAGAAUUAGGAGUCGGAGAGGAAGAUGGCCAGCAACAUCAAGCUUCCUUUGGCCGAUGGGGAGGAGCGCUUGUCCUGUUGCGGCGAGCUGUUGGCCAUGGGGAAAAAGUUGGAGGAAGCGGUGACGAUCAGCGGCAAGCUUCCUUUGGAGGAGGGGAUGGGGAAGGGGAAGCGGCGUCCAGUGGUGGCGGAGCUUGAAGAUGAAGAGGAGUUUAAAGAUGAGGAGUUGACUGAGCAGAUAAUUGCGCGAGACUUCCGUGUCAGCUGGGAACAUCGCUUUAGCCCUCGCUAUUCCUUCCACGACACCACAACCGUAUCUCCCAUGCGCUAUACAGAGGGACCUAUCCCAAGAUAUGCUUGCUGCUGUGAUGCUUUGCAGAUCUUCUCUCUCCAAGUGAAAGAAGCAAAAGAUGGUCUUGACUGGCCGCUACAUGUGUAUGGCUUGGUUGCCACCAGGGACUCUGUAGAUCAAAGGCAUAACCUUCUUUUCAAGCGCACAAGGGAUAAUUGUCAGAUUCUCACUCCACAGGAUUCACACCUGCUGUUAACAGGCCCAUCUCGUGCAGUUGUGGUAAUUGAUCCAGUAACGUUUGAAGUUGAACUAAAAGUAAGGGGAAAAACAGAGGCUGAGGAUAAAGUGUUGAGCCUGACGGUCUUUAUGCACCACACGGCUUACCCAUAAACGAAGCAUACUUACAUGAUCCGUAGAUGUUUGUCCAGCAAACAUGGCGAGCUUGAGUUGACAUAUGCUGCACUUGUUGGAACAGUUGAAGCCACUAUGGUGAGUUUCCAAGUUACCGAGGGGUCAUGGCCAGAUCAUCUGCGAGGAGUAGUCGUUUGCAAAACUGCCAGCGUAGAGGGAGGGGAUAUUGUGCUGCUUGAUUCUCGGGAUGGAAAAAUGCCUAUCAAUUGCAAUGGUGCCAUUGAGCUUUCAAGGCGUGUGGUUUCUGCGGAAUUAGGGGGAGAGCUGAGUGUUGAUUUGGUGGCCUUGCAAGCCAACAAUAGUUCAGAAAUCGUCUCAAGAGGCAGGGUUGUUUUCACACCUGACGAGGCUGGGAGGAGCAGUGGUGUAUUCGAUCUUGUGUUUUGUAAGGUGGAAGCUACUGUUUGUUGGUCGCUCCUCGCAACCCUUGGGCAAAUGCUCUCGGGCAACCCUUGGGCAUAAUGCUCCUGGCAGCAGACGUUGAACAAUGCUGUCAUGAUCUAUUUGCCUAUAAUUUCUGCCUAAUUGUAUUAAGACGGUGAAUCUGUGUAGUCGAGUUGCAGCUAGUGUGUUAAUCUGUCUGAAUAUUUCCAAGGGUGUUUCCUUCCUUUUGGUUGGUAUUUAGCAUCAUGUUAUGAGGGAUCUGAUCAAUGUUAUUCUGUCUGUCCUUGCUUGAGAUGUUAAUGCGAUACUCGUUUGUAAAUGAUGAUGGUUGAUCUUAUAUGGAGUAGAAA